AUGCCGCCUAAUGAACUUGAGCCAGCCUUUCUUGGAUUGGAAUCACCCUGUGAAGAACAUACAAUCGACCAAGAUCCUGAGAAAGGAGUCGAGCAGGAGCUACCCUCAGAUGAGCUUCCUGAGGAUUCAGGGACACAGGGUCGGGAAAUUCGGGGCAUUCGCUGGCUCGUGAUCUGUGUUUCGCUUUACAUCACUUGUUUCCUGUACGGACUCGAUACGACGAUCGCUGCCGAUGUUCAAGGCCCUGUUAUCGCAGCAUUUGGUCAGGUCGAUCAAUUCUCCUGGAUUGGAGCCGGUUUUCCAUUGGGCUCAGUAUGCGUCAUUCUCUUGCUCGGUACCCUUUUCAACACUUUCAACAUGAAAUGGGUCUACAUUUCGACCGUGAUACUCUUUGAGGUGGGCUCCGCUGUCUGUGGUGCUGCUCCAAACAUGAACGCCCUAAUUGUUGGCCGUGUCAUCGCCGGUGCUGGGGGCAGUGGUAUUUACCUCGGAUCACUACAAUAUUUUGCUGCCAUGACCGUGGAGAGGGAGCGUGGCCUUUAUAUGUCUCUCAUCGCUGUCUUCUGGGGGCUCGGAUGUGUUUUGGGGCCUCUUAUCGGUGGCGCAUUUGCCGUGUCCUCAGCAACCUGGCGCUGGGCUUUUUAUAUCAAUCUGGUCAUCGGUGCUAUCUCUGGUCCAGCCUUUAUUCUAUGCCUCCCACCUAUCUGUCUUAUGCAAAGCGUCAGCAUACGAGAUAGGCUAGCUUCCAUUGACUUUGUCGGCUUCGUCCUUGGGUCAGGGGUCUGGGUCAGCUUUCUCCUCGCGUUCACAAUGCCCGGGGGCCAAUGGGCAUGGAAAGACGGACGUACAAUUGCCACGUUCGUUGUAUUUGGUAUGGUUUUGGUUAUUUAUGCCUUGCAGCAAUAUUUUGCUAUCUUUACCACCCCCAGUCAACGCGCAUUCCCCGGACAUUUGCUGCGAGAUCGUACGCAAGUGCUCCUAUACGUCGUGACAGCGGCUGGAACGACGUCGGUAUUUGUCGUGGUCUACUACCUUCCCAUCUACUUCCAAUUUGUGAAUAAUGACGGAGCCCUUAUGGCGGCCGUGCGUCUGUUACCUUUUCUCGUCAUCGCCGUCGUGUUCAAUCUUAUCUCGGGGUCGCUUCUCCACUUUAUUAAGUUCUACAAAGGCAUCUUUCUCAUCGCCAGUGUAUUUUUGCUAGUCGGCGGUGGUCCCUUGGUGGCUUAUUUAAAACCCAGCACAGCGACGGCCACUGUCUAUGGCUUGUCAAUUCUAGCUGCAGUUGGCAGCGGUCUGUCUAUGGUGACUGGCUAUACAGUUUCAACGUUGACUACAAAGCCGGAGGACAUGAGCGCUGGACUGAAGAUGCAAAAUAUUUCCCAAAUUGGUGGCCAGGUUAUCGCACUCGCCAUCGCGGGACAGAUUUACCGUUCGCGAGCCAUUACCAACCUGAACUCUGCUCUUUCCGGUCACGGAUACUCGUCCCAAGAAAUUUGGAGCGCGGUGGCCGGUGCUCAAAGCACGCUGUUUGAGAAGCUGGAGGGUGGAAUACGGGAUAAAGCAGUCGAGGCUAUUUCGCAGGCGAUGCAGAUGACUUUUGUACUGGUUCCUGUUGCCGGAGGCGUCAUGUUCAUUGCGGCAAUGUUCAUGAAGUGGGAGAAGCUUUUCGGACAUUCUGUUGCUGUGGGUGGUUAA